AUAUAAAAAAAUGAAGGGAAAACAGAAUCACACAAAUUGAGAUCUGAAAAAAGAAUCUAACCGUAGACAAAGCGAAGAGAAAAAAAAAAUGGGAGCUGCGAAGAACAACAAUAACUGGGCGAUAUUGGAAGGUGAAGGAGGAGGUAGUAGUGGCGGCAACGACGCCUCCUCCUCCUCCCAGAUCCCGUAUUCUUCCUCUGUCGUCGACACAUCUUUGCCUCUCCCCCUCAUGAUUCCUCGCAUCAUAGAGUUAUGUAAAGAUCUGUUCAGCAAUUGGAGGGAGCUUGACGAUUCGCUCUUCUCCGUCGAGAGAGUGUCUGGAGGCAUCACGAACCUAUUGCUGAAGGUUUCUGUGAAGAAAGAAGACAAAGAAUCCUCAAUAACGGUGCGGCUCUAUGGGCCUAACACUGACUAUGUUAUUAACCGUCAGAGAGAGCUACAGGCUAUCAAGUAUCUCUCUGCUGCCGGAUUUGGUGCCAAGUUGCUUGGUGGAUUUGGAAAUGGGAUGGUGCAAUCUUUUAUCAAUGCAAGAACCUUAGCGCCAUCAGACAUGAGGCAGCCAAAGAUUGCUGCUGAAAUUGCCAAGGAGCUUGGGAAGUUUCAUAAAGUGAACAUACCAGGUCCCAAAGAACCUCAGCUCUGGGUUGAUAUCUUGAAGUUCUUUGAAAAAGCCUCUACUCUUACGUUCGAGGAACCUGAUAGGCAGAAGCUCUACGAGACAAUUUCGUUUGAAGAACUGUAUAAAGAAAUUAUUGAGCUAAGGGAAUUCACUGGUUUACUUAACGCACCGGUGGUGUUUGCUCAUAAUGAUUUGCUCUCUGGAAACCUGAUGCUAAAUGAGGAAGAAGAGAGACUGUACUUGAUUGAUUUCGAGUAUGGAUCGUACAACUACAGAGGCUUCGACAUUGGAAAUCACUUCAAUGAAUAUGCAGGAUACGACUGUGAUUACACCUUCUACCCAACUAAAGAAGAACAAUAUCAUUUCAUCAAGCAUUACUUACAGCCAGAUAAACCAGACGAGGUCAGCGUUGGUGAAGUGGAGUCGGUCUUCAUAGAGACAGAUGCGUAUAAAUUAGCGUCUCAUUUGUACUGGGCGGUAUGGGCAAUCAUACAGGCAAGGAUGUCUCCAAUUGAUUUUGAUUAUUUGGGUUACUUCUUUUUGCGGUACAAUGAAUACAAGAAGCAGAAGCCUCUUACCUUUUCGCUUGUUACAUCUUACCUGUCUGCGUCUAUGUAGCUUGCUUGACCAAAAUGGAAAUUUGAUUGUUUAUCUUUUUUGUCAGUCAUCAAUUCUUGUAAAAGUUGUUUCGUGUUGCUUUGUAUGAAUGAACUUGUUUAAAGGAAAUAAGCAAAUAGUCGCUCUUUAAGUGUA